ACUAAUACAACCUCGUCACACAAAUGUACAAACCUAAAACUCAUAAUAAAAAAUAUUACAAGAACAUAUAAUAUUAUAGUAUAUACAUACAAAUUGCAGUUUGGGGAUUCUCUCUCUUUAUUCUAAGAGACGAACAGUAAACCAACAAGAAAUACUAUUAAGCAGGCUUUGUAUUGGCCGCCCCCUUUUCAAAUCUCUGUGUAACUUCCUCUAUAUAUCUAUAUGUGUAUGUAUAUAUCAAUCUUUUUGUUCUUUGGAGUUAUUUGAGAAGAUUUUUGAGUUGUUGCACCCCUUGAUUUGUAUGAGUAAAAAUCUGAAAUAUGGAGAACAAGGAAGAUACAGGUAGCCCUGGUUGGGGUGCCUCAUUUUUCAUGCAGACAACCGGAAAAGCUGUUGCUGCUGCAGCUGCGGCUGCCACUGCUGUUCAUUCACCAAGACCAUCAGUGGUAUUUUCUACGAAAGAUGACAGUGGUAAUCACCUUCAGAAGCUUCAGCGUCAAGUUUCCAGAGUACUGAAAGGCUUGUCACAACCCCCUGAAAGUAAAACUGGAGUUUACAAUCCAGAAAUUCUUACUAGCCAGAAGCGUCAGUGGGCAAAAAGCUUUCAGUUACAAUCCCUGGAUCAUCACAAGAUUUUAAAAGAACCAUCGCGGCUUUUCGAGAGCAUGGUGGUUAUUGGACUUCAUCCUAGCUGUGAUAUAAUGGCACUUCAGCAUCUCUACUUUGGAAGAAAGUCUGAAGGUUCAAGUAUAUUCAAAAAUGCACUUGGUCAGCAUCAGUCCCGUGUAGAACCGAAUCUUGAACCCCAGGUUCUAUUUGUUUAUCCCCCUGAAAAGCAGCUUCCUAUAAAAUAUAGGGAUCUUCUUUCAUUCUGCUUCCCUGCAGGCGUAGAGGUUCACGCUGUUGAGAGAACUCCCUCAAUGAGUGAGUUGAAUGAAAUUCUAAUUGGCCAGGAACAUCUUAAACAGAGUGAUCUGUCAUUUGUUUUCCGCUUACAGGCCUAUGCUGAUGAUUCAACCUUGUACGGAUGUUGUGUCUUAGUUGACGAAAUAAUACAAAGGCCCUCCGGAUUGGUUUCUAUGAUUUCAGAUGUGCAACCUACCCAAUUGCCAUUAAGUCGACAUAUAUUAACUACUCGUCGUUGUUACUGCAUUCUUUCUCGGAUUCCUUGUUUUGAGCUGCAUUUUGGAGUACUGAACAGCAUAUUCACUGAAGAAAGGCUGGAACGAUUGACCAAAAGCAUUGGUGAUUUAGAUGCUGAAUUUCCUGUUGAAUCUGGAAACUCAGAAAAUUUAGACGAAACAUCUUGCAGUAUUUCACCAGAAAACAGAGAAGACAGCAUGCUCAGUGGAAAUGUUGAAAUAUCUCAUUCAAGCAUAAGCGAUUCCAUCCCCUCCAAGGGCAUAAAUGAAGAGUUUCUUGAUUCUCAGCUGGAGCCUCUCAAUCAGGAGGGUGACAUUUCAGCAGGUGUUGACGUUGCAGUUGUAAAUGAUCCUGUAACUUUGAAAUUUCCUUCUGAAAAAGAAUCAUUUGUUGCUGCACAAAUGUCUGAGGUGUGUGAUACUUUAGUUGAUGAUAGAGCAAACAGCAAACAAAUAUCACAAAGGCGUGUACCAAGUACCGUUUUACCUCUGUUACGACAUCAGCAUAAUGAGAGUUCUGAGUCCUCCUCUAGUAUUCAGUUUUCUACUAGUGAAGAUAGAAACUUGAGGAGUGAUGCUGAUGACACGGAGCUUGAAGAGGCAUCUUUUUCAGGCCAAUCCAGUGACCAUCAAUCCAGCAGCAAUGGUGAUAUUCUAGAUUGGGCUAAGGAAAAUAACCAUGGUUCACUACAAAUAAUAUCCGAGUAUUACCAGUUACCUUGUCCUGCUAGGGGUUCAACAGUCAAAUUUCACCCCUUGGAGCAUCUGCAUCCUCUGGAGUACCAAAGGCCGGAUGAAACAGUUCUACAUAUUGGUGGCUCAACAAUUGAUUUAAAAUCAUGCAGUACCGGUCUGGAAAUGGCAGAGGCAUAUCAUGCCCUCAUGGCAGAGGAGGAGGCAACUGCUUUGUCGGUGCAGGCUGUUGCAUCCUUAUGUGGAUCGUUGCGACUUGAACAUGUGCUGACUUUUUUUGCUGGAGCUCUGCUGGAGAAGCAAAUCGUGUUUGUAUGUUCUAAUUUGGGAAUAUUGUCUGCUUCGGUUUUGUCUAUUAUACCCCUUCUACGUCCAUAUCAGUGGCAGAGUUUGUUAAUGCCGGUUUUACCAAAUGACAUGCUGGACUUCCUAGAUGCACCAGUCCCUUACAUAGUAGGUGUGAAGAAUAAAACAACUGAAGUGCAGUCAAAGCUGACGAAUGCGCUUAUUGUUGACGUAAACAAGAACCAGGUAAAGUCACAAACUAUACCACAACUACCUAAGCAGAAGGAGCUAUUUUCAUUGCUGAGCCCAUAUCAUCAAAAACUUGUUGGAGAAAGUUAUCUGGGGAGAAGACGGCCGAUUUAUGAAUAUACCGAUGUUCAGGCUGAAGCUGCGAAAGGUUUUCUAUCAGUGUUAAGAUCUUACUUGGAAUCCCUUUGUUCUAACCUGCGCUCUCAUACCAUUACAAACGUGCAAUCUAAUGAUGACAAGGUUUCACUGCUCUUGAAGGAGAGUUUUAUCGAGUCAUUCGCUUCUCGUGAUCGACCUUUUAUGAGGCUGUUCUUGGAUACACAAAUGUUCUCUGUACAUACAGAUCUGGUUCUCUCUUUCUUCCAGAAGGAAUAGGGUAUGCGCUUUUAAAGUUGGCCUAAGAAUGUAUCAUAGUAUAAAAUUAGCCACUUGAUGAGCAAGUUUUGUAACGUAGUGAUUGUUGUCAGUUAUAGUGUUCAAUGUAGAUCUUGUUUUUCACAUGGAAAUAGUACUGCAAAUUUCUCACUCUUAGCAUUUCUGCAAAUGCUUCCUCUACAUCAAGUAUACAAGUUCUGAGCAUCAGACAGUAGGCCGUUUCUUAAUUGUUGGACAUUCCGUGGAAUCAGGAGAAUAAGAAAAAAAUAAUAGACCACAAAUUGUUUUUAUACAUUGCUGCUUCAAUUUUUGUCCAAAAAUGCAGACAUUCUAAUUGAUGAACUUUCUGCAACAUAAACAUUGUUCUGAAAUUGAGGGCAUAAUAUUUGUUCAGUCUUGCUAGUCUAUUUCCCUGCCCAAAGGAGUGUGUUAGCCGAAGAAUGGAAGAAUUUUACAAUUUUAGGCUUGUAUUAUUUGGUCUGAAGACUGAUGCUUUAAUAGCAUUAUACAAUAGAUUUGUUGAUCAAAAGGAAGUUAAUACUACAACAAGAUUGUAGUGGUUAUGUAUGUAUUUGACAUGGGUUGAAUUGUUUGAUUUUUGUUCCCUGGUAGAAGCAAAGCUUUACUGGUGGUUUUCUAUUCAAUGACAUUUUAGAGGGUAUAAUUCCCAUGAGUUGCAUA